UGUGGUGUGGGAAGGUGGUGCUGCCCUCUUGACGUUCUGUUUUAGGUGCUUUGAUUUUGUUAGAAAGAGUUCUUGUUAUCUGGAUAUGAUAUGUCUGGUUCUGCAAGUGAAAAGGAGACAUCUUUGGACUGGGAGACAAAAUCUACGCAUGACGGACGUCUCUACUACUUCAACCACGUCGUGAAGAGUUGUCAUUGGUUGCCACCUAGCGAUAAAUGGCAAUGUAUCUAUAGUUUACCUUAUGGCUGGGAAAUGGCUCGUGAUGAAAAUGGUGAAUUCUACUUUAUAAAUCAUUUGACUGAAAGAACGAGCAGGAAGGAUCCUAGGAUAGAAGAUACAAUCAAUACUGGGGGAUUGACAAACAAUACUGAUCCCCGGGAGGUGAUGUUAGACAGAGAUGAGAAGCUUGGCUUUGGAUUUAUUGCUGGAAGUGAGAAGCCUGUCAUCAUUCGUUCAGUUAUUGAAGGUGGUCCAGCAGAAGAUAAAAUGUUUGCGGGUGAUCGAAUAAUUUCUGUGAAUGGUGAAGGUGUAGAGUCUGCACCAAAUGCGAGAGUUAUUGAGUUGAUCAAAAGUUGUGAAGACAAAGUCUGUCUCGUUGUGUCUUCAAAACAAACAGAAUUACAACUUCCCAAAAAGUCGUCGUUUCUCAACAAAGCAGAGAAAGCACGUAAAUCUUCAGAGCAUCAACUAAAGGUUCACUUUGCAGAUCCACUCUCUGACACUAUCACUUCGUCAAAUUUUGGACUUCCAAAUGAACCGGUUGGAAAGGAUGUGUUUAGAGUGUACUUGGAGAAUGGACAGAUUCGUUCCAUGAAAUUUGAUCACUUGACAACUGUGUCAGAAGUCAUUGAAACAUUGUGUGAAAAGUUGGCUUUGCGUGCUACACAUCAUUUUGCACUAAUGAUGGAAGGUCCUGGACAGUUGCAGCUUAUCUAUAUUCCCUGUGAUCAUGCUGUCAUUGAUGUGAAUAAUUUGAGGAGCAAGGUUUGGAAAUGUCGACUAAGAGUUCGUUUAGUUACCAAAGAUGUAAUGGAGUUACUGAAACUUGAUCUCAAUGCUUUUGACUAUUUGUUUGCACAGGUGUGCAAUGAUGUUGUGAACGGUCGGUUUGGUUCUGAUCUUACAAAUGAUGUUGCUAUUAAACUUGGAGCUCUUCACAUGCAACAGCACGCAGUUAGGAAUGGACCUACUAACAAAAUAUCUAUCAAGACUAUUGAAAAAGAGUGUGGAUUAGAGAAAUUUCUACCAGAACAAGUUAUUCUCAGCAUGAAGGCCAAAGAAUUAAGAAAGAUGAUAUCUCACUGUGUGAAACUGAAUCAGCUUAUGUCUUUGCCAGGAGAACGGCAUCUAACUGAUGUGCAAGCCAAGCUGCUAUAUUUGAAGAUUGCAGCAGAACUUCGUGUAUUUGGAGGCAGUUAUUAUACAGCUGUGUUGGAGAAGGAAGAGAAAAAAGUUAUGUUGCUAGUUAGCCCACGGUCUGGGUUUUGUCAUGUAAUUUCAAGACAGAGGAAUUUGCUGACUCAGUUUACAGAUUUUAGUAAUCUGACUGAACUCACUAUUACAGAAUUAGAAGCAAGACAUGUUCGAGUUUGUGUAGGAAUUCGUGAUCAGAAUCAUGUUGUUUUGGCGAUGGAUGCUACUACUGCUGUCGACAUGGUGAAUUUGUUGAAUGGAUAUCAUUGCUUGUUCACAAACCAAAAGUCUCUUCUUUCUCAAUCAGCUACUCUAGGCUCAGAAAAUAUUGCUGAUGUGCCAGCAUAUCACAACAAGCACACUGUGUUGGCAUCUACCUGGAGCUACAGCAGUUGUGGACAUAGCAAUGGAAGCUUGGAGCAAUUGGAUUUAAAUAAUUCCGAGCGAGUGCUGGAUUUGAGACAAUCGGUUUUUAAUUACGAAAAACCAGCAGGUUCUCCAUUUGUUGUCAAAUUGAGAGCUACUGGUAUUAACUUGGUAGAAGAAAGCUGGAAUCAAUCACUACAAAGUAGAGAGACAGACAGUUAUAUACAAAGAAGAAUGAUGUCUCCUCGUCAACGUGGCAUCAAUGAUUUUUCAAAUGAGGAUGCAGGAGAAGAAGUAGUAGCUAGAGAGGCAGCUCAAGCUGCUGCAGCAAGAGCUGUCAGUAGACUGAAAAGAGCUUCAUUUACGUACUCACCUCCACCUAGUCGUCAACUUGUUAGUGGUUCUCAAGCUGGUAGUCAGGAUACUGUGAAAGAAUCAGAAGAUGGAGAGAUAGAGAGGUCAAAUGAAUAUUUUAUGUUACCCGAGGCAUUGACAAUGUCGGUGUUUGAUGAUGACACUGUUUGCAUUGACGAGGAAGAUGACACAUUACAGACGCUGCUCGACAGUGUGAAUAGGACACGAUCAGCACGUGGAGAAAAGCAACUUAAAAUACCUUUAGUAGCAGAUCUAUGGACAGGCACUGAUCAGAUGAUGGCUUGGGAUGAUAGUGAGGAUGAGUUGCGAGUUAAGUCUAAUUUUGAUUGGAAUGACACUGAUAGUGUGGAUUAUGACAUAGCUUUGACUACUGCAGAAUUUGAUCUUCCAGAUGAGCCAUUAGUUCCUCCUCCUGAAUUUCAAGAAGGCUUUGAAGAAUUAUUGGAGAUGAAUCAGUACAUUCCACCUCCUUUAGAGUUCAGUGAAGUUGAGAAUGACCCUGAGUUGGACAACUUUGUACUGCCUCCACCUUCAGAUUUUGAUGCACAUUUGAUAUCUGAGGAGCUCGCUUAUUUUUCUGUACCCGGAGAAGUGGUUGCUAUGGAACCUUUAGAGUUGGACUCUUUGCCACCAUUGACAUCUUUAUGUCAAGAAGUUCCUUUUGUUCAGCCUCCAGAUGAGUUUGUGGCUUGCGGGCACUCAUCUAAUUCCAUGCAGUUGGACACUGUACCACAUGCCAAUUUUAUCAAAGAAGCAGUUGUAGCAGCUUGUUCAUCACGAGAGAGCAUUGUCUUGACAGAGAACAUUCCUGACUGGUUAAAAAGGGAACUGGAAGAGUCAAAAGAAGAAGGAACUGAACAGAAGGGCUUGAUGCUUGAUGCAGCUGAAUGUGAUGGAGAUAAUGAUGAAUUUUUGAUACCAGCUACUAUUACUGCAAUAGAUGAGUAUAUAGUGGAGGAUACAGGAUGCUUGGACCAGCCAGAGGAUGUUUGCUUGAUUCCAAAUUGCCAAUUGCCAUCUCCAAGUGAUCUGCCUUAUCCACUUGAAGUGGUUGUGGAAGAAGACUUGUUGGAAGAACUGGCAUUUGACAUUCCUCCUCCUGUUGUUGAGUCGGAAAUUAACACACCUGCAACAGAUGAUUUAUUAUCUGUUGUUCAAGUUGAAGAAAGACACACGUCUCCUCCUCCACUUCCUACAUCACCUAUUCCAGAUGAAGUGUUAGAUGUUGCAAGAAACGACUUACAAGGAAAUAGACUGGUAAAGGAAGAUGAUAAAGAUGAUAGUGGUCCAGAUAUUGUUCCUGUUUCUAAAAAGACUGCUGAAGUUCUGAAGUGCUUGUCUAUGUUUGGAAGCUCUGUGACAACAUCUAAUCGUCGAGUGCCUCCACCAACGUAUCCUCGACCUCGCAGUGCAACAACUAGUCUAAGUCGAGAAGGGAAAGAUUUACGUGAUGCUCCAGGAAAAAGUUUGGCUAAUGGUGAAAUAGAGAGAUUAUCUACUGCUGGUCUUGCAUCGCCACGUGCUGGUAGACUGUCAAAGAUUGUACCGAGAAUUGCAUCACGAUUUUCACCAAAGCUUGCUCGCAAACAAUCCCCUAAAGUUGUUCUGAAGUCUUACCAUAGACAAUCAGAAUUGGUGACAUCAGAUGAAAAUAUGGUGCCUUCAUCUUCUGUAACUGCUGUGUCUUCAAGCUCUGUUAUAGCUGCUAAGCCACCAUCAACCAAGCAUUACAAAGCUCCUCAGCCACCUGUUGGUCAUAGGACAAAUUCAGAACAUUUAACUAAAUCACUGAAACCUUCUAGCAAGUCUUACAGGGCUCCUGCGCCACCCACUUGUGGUAAUAGUUCUAUGGGAAUAAGAGUAGAAGCGAAUUGCAGCAGCACCACACCCGAAACCUUGCAGAAGACAGUUAAGUCAUCCAGUGAAUACCCUAUUAUGCACCCACAUCCAUGGCUGCCACCUUCAACUGGAGACUCGAAACAUGCUAACAUCAGUCCCAAUGCCAGUCCCUGUCGACGACGAGCAACUUAUCGAUCUCCUGUUUCUCCAAGGAAAUCUCCUAAUCAAUCUCCACUUGGAGAUACCCAGUCUGUAAAUUUAUCACCUCGUCAUGAAACACGAGAGUUGUCACCUGUACAUGGAACAAUGAUUGAUAGCAAACAAGAACAAUGUAUUGACGAGUCUCAUGUUGCCAAUGAAAUUUAUGGUAAUGAGUCAAAUGACGACAAAAGUAGUCUUUACAUAGUAUCUGACUCUUCUCCACCUCCAUUGCCUGAAUCUCUUCCUCCAGAUGAAGAAGAUGAUAACAGUGCUGUUGCGGAGACAGAUGCUGAUGAUGAUAAUAUAUUUCAUCGGACAAUGACCGAUUCUUGCAGAAAGUGCAUCUUAUCUCUUAGUGAUGUUGUAUUGAAGCUUGAUAUGUCACUGCAGAAUGUAAUGUCUGGAAGCGAAUCCGAAUUAGUCAACAGUUGUGACUUGGAUUAUGAUGCUGUGAAAAACAGUCUUGUUAGUGAAGCCAAAACACUUUCUCAGCAAACAAAGGUUGUAGUAUCAGCAGUUGUGCAAAAAAUGGCAACAGGAAAUACUGAGAUUGAAAAAGCACUGGAGACUGUCAAACGUUUGGCAACAUCAUGUUGCCAAUGUGUGGAUUACAUGACUUGUAGCUGCACUCAGUUUUCAGUGCCAGACAUAAGGCAGACAAUUAUUGUUGGUGUCAUGGAGGUUGUUGGCGCUUUCCGUCAUAUGGUAUCAGCUGCAGCUGAAGCAAUUUCUAAGGAACUUGAAGAGAACUCUGUACUGUUGCUGAUGGACAGAGCAAAAGCGAUGGCUGGCAUAAUGGCUUCUCUAAUGAGAACACUGAAUGGGUUGAAGGAAAAGUAAAUAUAUGUGGACAGCUAGGGACAUAAUUUGAAACUGCAAGUAUUAGUUCUUGUAAUGUUUUAGUACAAAGUUUUUCAUUCUUGAUCACAGGUUUUGGGUUUGAACUUCUUUUUGUGCAUACAUAUAUUUUAUGUCUAAAGCUUUGUUUUAAUAGAUAAUGGAACGUUUUGUAGCUAACCUAGAGUUAGCUUACUUUCA